UAUUUACGAACUUUGAGGACUUGUGAGCAAUUCUUUUGAUUUUUGUUGAUAUCUUUGAUCACCGAAUUAAGUGCUUCGUUUUCGUUUGGAAGCUUGGUCUCAAAUUUCAUUUUGUUAUCUCACAAAUGUUAAGGUUGAAAUAUCUUAUCGCAAAUAGUAUCUAUCGAAGUAUUCGAGUUAAAUCCGGUUUGUCUAGUUUGAAGAGAAUUGCGGAAAACAGUAGAAUUACAAGUGGUUGUGAUGCCUUCGAGUAGUGUGAAGAAGACACUUUACUACAGGAAGAACCAGUCCGCUUCCCAUUCCUCCUCCUCUUCCCCCUCCCCCGUGCAGCAGUACUCCCCCCACUCAAACUCAGUCUCCUCCCAUCCUCCCCACCCCCUCGCCCAUUCCCACUACAGCAACACCCCUACAACUACUUCCAUUACUCCCCCUGCUGUGAAGUUGACAAUGGCUGCUGUGUUAGAUGAAUCGGAUGAUCCUACAAACAACACCAGUAGCUUCAGUUCAGCCACCACUUCGAAGAGUAUGAGCAGAAACAGCAGCCACACUCCAAAGCAGUUGAGGCGCUUGGUCAAGGAAUUGAAGCCCCAGUUCACCACUGGAAACUUCUGCAAACAUUCAAACCACCUGUAAAUCAGCCA